AUGGACGCAUGCUGGGCAAAAGAAGCCGAUAGCAAGAAAGGAGGCGUAACGUUCCUGGAACCGGGACGCGUCCUGACGUACACGCCAGACGAAUGGAGCAUAUACAAGCCGGGGCUUGUGAUUUACUGUUACCCGGGACAACCACCGACGUUACCGAAUGUAUUCUGCACCGUCUCGAUUCGCAUGCAGUGUGACCACGAAAAUUUCAACCAGUACCCGGGAAGCGUUCCGGCCGAAGUCGAGAAACACUGGCGCGAUGAUCAGAGUUUGUUCAGCUUCAACGUGUUCGCCUCACGCAAACGAAGACAGGUUGAGCUGGAACCGUUCAAUCAGAGCUGUCUCGGCGUCGUCUCCGCCGGAAAGUACGACAUCGAGGUGGUACUGAACCGGUUCGAUCUGUGGCGUGUGGGGAUGCUCAUGUUCGGCGUGAUGCUGUUCUUCACCGCGCAACCGAUGAGCCAAAACCCGCUGUUCUACUACACCGGGGGCAUUCUGAUUGGGCUGACUUCCUUUGCCCUGGCGCUGGUGUAUAUGUUCAGCAAGCUGAUGCCAUACCGUCCCCUCAUGGUGGGUGUGAUGGUCGGAGGCUGGACGCUCGGAUUUUACGGCAUGCAGAUACUGUACGAAAACUUGCGGCUCAUCUUCGUGCUCUACCAGCACUACGUGUUCUGGUACUUGGCCGUGGUGGGCACCAUCAGCUUUCUAGUGUGUUAUCGUCUCGGUCCACCUAUGAACCACCGCAGCAAGCAGGUCAUCCAAUGGACCCUCCAGCUGAUCGGACUCACGAUGGUGUUCUUCUGUAGCUACCAGCGGACGUUCUCGACAGGGCUGGUACUAGUCGUUAUGGCGGUAUACUGGCACGCCGCCCCGUUAAGCGUGAUUCGAUGGAUUGGUGGCCGUUUCCGGAGUCGCUUUCCCGGUCGCCGCCGCUUACUGACAGUGGAUGAGUUUGAUGAAAUGGGGCGGGUUGAAACGGACCGGGCUCUUAACGAGUUGCGCGAGUACUGCCGCAGUCCGGAGUGCAAGCAGUGGACAACCAUGAUGAGGUUGCGCGAUCCGGUGCGGUUUGCAUCCUUCGUCGAGGGCACACCACACGUGCUAGACGACGAGUGCUUCGAGUACGACAGUAUCCAUUCGACGCGCAGUGAUCACGACUCGGAAGAUCUGAUGGACUCCAGCGAGGAAGAGGCCGACUGAGCUGAAUGGACAAACUGGUGAGCAAAACCACCCAAUGAACCCCGUCAAAUUGGAAUCUAAAAUAAAAUAAUAACCUGAAGCGUAAAAUGAAGAAAAAAAUCACAAUAACAUCACCUCUUACGUGUGCAGUUUGCUUUUAAACAAAAGGUUGAAAAUGAGAUCGUAAAAAAUACUCAAAGCAGGAUUUAUUUAUGCAGGUAUUCUUUCGCAAAAAUUAUGGAUAAAGUAGAUUACCUUUUCAAGUCAA